CGAAACCCAUUUCUCCUUCGCCCCUUUUCCCUAAAUUUUUCAUCUUUCUGGGUUUCUCAUGGCAUUUCAACACAAAAUUGAACCUGUAUCCCCACCAGGAUUCACCCAUAGAAGAAACUACAAAGAGAUGAGCAUUUCCGAGCUCGUUUCAGUUUUGCGCAUUUCGUAUCACGUGGAUGAUUUUGAUCGAGUUGAAGACGAAUUGGUGACAAGGGACGCCAAACUUAAAGCUGAGAUUGUGCCACUUCAAGAGAAGAUUGAGGGGGAGAAGCGAAUGAGGGUUGAAGCUGAAGAAGAACUGAAAAAGAGAGAGGAACAGUGUGAGAGAGGGAAGAGAGCACAAGAGAGUUACGAGAAGUUGUUGAAGGAUGUUAAGAGAAAUGGCUUAGUUGAUAAAGACAUUAUUGAGGAGCUGAAGAAUAAGAACUUUGCAUUAGAACGUGAGAAUUUUGAGCUGAAGGAGUUGAACAAGAAAUGGUUAGAUGAUAGCAAUGCUUUGGUUGAGCUUAGGAGUAGAAUUAGUCUGUUUGAGGAUGAGAAGGUUGAUGACAAGAAUGCUUUGGAUGCGCUUAGGAUGAAGAACAAAGAAUUGGAGGAAGCAGUGAAGAAGAAUUUGGCAACCAUAGAGGAGUUAAGAGCUGAAAAUCGCAAACUGGUGGAUGAGAAGGGCAGGCAUGUAGCAUUGGUUGAGUCUUUGGAGAGGAAAUUUGGGGAAUUGAAUGUGCGUGUUGUGAAGUUGGAGGAUGAUACAAAGCUUUUGACGAGUGUCGAUGACUAUGCCUCUGGUGGUGGAAACACUGAAGUGAAGGCUCCAGCUGAUACUUUUGUUGUCCAAGAUGAAGUGGAUGUUGGAAAUCACUCUGGGGAACCUGUUACUUUGCAAGGAAAUAAAGAUAUUCAACACCCUCGGUCUCCUAUCAAAGGGAACAAGGAUGAUCAAGCUCUAGGUGCAUCAGCUGGGGGAAGAUUGGAAAAUGCUAUUGAGAUCAUCGACUUAGAUGACGAUGACAACGACAACAGAUGUACAUCACAAGGAUUGCAUGGAAAGGAAGCUAUUUCUGAAAUUACUGCAAAAAAUGAACAUCAAAGUUCGUCAGAUGCACUCCAGCACAAAAGCAUUUUUACACAAGCAGAAAGGAUUGAAUAUUUCAAAAGAAAAUAUUAUUUUUCUGAUAUUGAGACAUCUACUUCCAAUUCUAGUUCCUCUACUGACUCAUUAAAUAUAGAUAAUAUUCUGUUAAGUUCCAUUGCUGUUAAAUGUAAAAAGAGAAGUAAAACUUUGGGAGACGAUUCUGGAUUAAACACUUUGCCAAGGUGAAUAAGGCAAUGAGCUAUAUUAAAUACCCCUAUUAGCCAUGCCCUUUUGUUAGGUUGUAUUGAAAACAAUUAA